GACAACUUUAUCGUUAUCUAAUAUGAGUAACUAAUGAAAAAAAAAACAUUUCGAUCAAAACGUUAAUUUAUUUAUAAAGUGAGUGUCAGCGUGAGUGAUGUAAUUUAUUCUUUAGUGACCGUUUUCCGCUGCGGGCGGUCUCCUCUUCUCCCACCCCCAAUUUCAAGUUUUUCCCAAUUUUACCAAGUACUGUGCCUCUGACACCCCCGUGAACUACCGCCCAUAAUUGCACAAAGGAGAACCAAACUACCAAAGUCCCCAGGGAAGGGGAAAAUUGCAAAUGGCAGCAGCUACUUCUCCUACAAUUACCAAACUCAACGGAUUACCUUUUUGCUACUGCCACCGCCACUCUCCCGCCUCUGCUUCCUCCCACCUCCACCGUCCACCCGCCACCCUCCGUCGGAGCUCACCACUUCACAUCAUCAGCGGCGCUGCUAGAUUCCCGGCCCGAUUCGCUCGCAGAUUGAAGCGGUAUCCUAAGUCGGCAGCGGCGAUGCUUCAUCAGGACCCCGUCCUGUCGGACACUAUAGCGACCGGAUUGUCUGGAGCGGUCGCGCUCUCGGUGCUCCGGCUGUUUGAGGAAACCGCCAAGCGCGGCAUCUUCGACCAGAAAAUGAAUAGGAAGCUUGUGCACAUAAGUAUUGGGCUAGUUUUCAUGCUUUGCUGGCCGCUUUUCAGUUCAGGGCCUCGGGGUGCAAUCAUGGCAGCUCUUAUUCCAGGUGCCAACAUAAUAAAAAUGCUUCUUAUUGGAUCUGGUUUGUGGAAAGAUGAAGCCACUGUGAAAUCAAUGAGCCGAUUUGGUGACCGCAGGGAACUUCUCAAGGGGCCGCUCUACUAUGCUACGACAAUCACACUGGCUUGUGCAAUCUGGUGGAGGACUUCCCCUAUUGGCUUUGCAGCUAUAUGCAACCUAUGUGCUGGAGAUGGGAUGGCAGACAUUGUGGGGAGAAGGUUUGGCAAUCAGAAACUACCUUACAACAGAAACAAGUCUAUAGCUGGGAGCAUUGCAAUGGCACUGUCUGGUUUCUUAGCAUCUCUUGGGUAUAUGCAUUACUUUGCCUCGUUUGGGUAUGUUGAGGAGAGCUGGGGGAUGGUGUUAGGGUUCCUUGCUGCCUCUGUUGCUUCAGCCAUUGUCGAAUCGCUCCCCAUAAGUACCGAGCUCGAUGACAACCUCACUGUGACUCUUGCUUCUGUGUUAGUAGGGAAACUUGUUUUCUGAUGAGACGAUAGGAAAGCCUAAUGAGGUUAUUAUUCCGUGCACGGAUUUGUGGUGUUACAAACACCAGCCGUGGCAAGGCCAGGGGUAAUGUAGGAGAUGAACUUGUAAAUUGUAAUUGUUGUAUCUGCAUAUUGAAUAGAGUUGACGGAUGAGAACUUCCUUCUAUUAUGUGUUUAGGCUGCCAAUUAUUGAUUAGGAAGCACGGGCUGGAGAGGAAUGAAAGAGAGGAUGUUGUGACUUCUCUAAAAUGUUAAGAAUUAAAUUUAUGUUCAGGAUUAUUUUUAGUUUAUGUUUUCAAUUAUGUUUUGUUUUCAUGUGAAUGGGAGUUGGCAAUGCAAUAGAAUUAGCUAAAACCAGUUAAACCAAUUUGAGUAGCUUUCUUAAUGUUUCUUGCGGGAAUUUAUAAUUAACUGGAUAAUUUCAUUUAAAAAAGUCCUUGACCAAAUUUCAGUAUUUCACUAACUCAUUUGCAACAUAUCUUCUCCUCUCCAUCCUGAACUUUUAUUGUAAAUAUUAUUUUUAUAUAUUUUUCUCUCUCAAAUUUCUCAUAACUCAUCAUUUCACGGUUUACACUAUUAUUUUAGGGGUCGUUUGGAUUAGAGAUUUUAAUAACGAGGGAUUUUAAACCAAAUCUCUCGUUUAAAAUACCAGGAAAUUUAUAUGCAGGAUUUAGUUGAAAUAACUCGUUUGGAUUGAUACACAGAAUUUUAACAUAAACAUGCAAAUUACAUUAUUGUCCUCAUCUUCUAUCCUUCGUCUUCUUCCCCAUGUUCUUCAUUUGUCAAUUUUCUUCCAUGGGCGAUUGAAACCCAGAUUGGACAGAGAUAAAACAAAGAAAGAAUGGAUGCUGCCAAUUUCCACAUAAACGAAGCACAAGGCUAUUGUUACUACUAGCAAUCCAUAAUCUAAUGAAUCCCAGAAUACCCAAAUAACAAUAAAUACUAAACGAACAAUGAAACCGAGAAAUUCUAAUGAGAAAGAGGGGGGAAAUUAGAGGAAAAGCAGGGAUAAGGGAUCUGAGAGGUCGGAUCCAUAUAAGAUAUUUGGUGGGUCUCGAUGUCUUUUGAGUUGCGGCGCUUCUCGUCCAUGGCUGCCAUUUUAGGGAAUUCGCCGCCGCUCGAGGACGGCUCUGAAUCAGGCCAUCUCAGGGGCGCGAGCUAGGAAACGUAGUGCUCGCCAUGGAGGAUUCACGCUCAAUCGAUACUCUUUUCAAACACGAAGUCGGGAGGCUGUUGGAUUGGCGCUCAAUCAACACAAUCUAGUCCCAGAAUCGUAACUCUAUUCCGAACCCAGAAUCGAAAAUCAACCUUUCAUUUGAAACCCGAAUCUCUGUCGACAAAACGGAGGUGGAGAGGAGGGCAAUUCGACCAGGUGAGAGAUGGAUGCACUUUUGGUGAUGUUUUGAUGAUGGAAGGGAGAAGUCGAUGUUGAGAUGAACUGCGAUGGAGGUGGAAGAAGGAAGAAGUAAGAAGAGCGAGACAGAUACUCGAGGGGCAAUGUUUGGAAAUGAUAAAAUAAAAAUGAGGGAUUGUGAAAUAGCUGGUGGUCAUCAGCUAUUUGAAAAACCCACAUAUGAGAGUUUUUAAAAUCACUAAUUACAAAAUCCUUCAUCUUCCCCAAACGCAGAAUUGUUUUAAAAUCCUGCAUAAUGAGUGAUUGUUUUAAAAUCCCUGAUAAAUCCCUCAAUAGAAUCCGGCAUCCAAACGACCCCUUAAUUAUUUUCACAUUUUUGUCUUAGUCUUGACAUUGUACUAAAUGGAACCUAAAGAAGUAAUUAGAGGCAUUUUUGUUUGUCAACUUUCAUGAUUUCUCAGAAUUAUCAACUAAACAUAUUUUAAUUUUUUAUUUUCAUGUUGUUGUGGUUGGACCUCCGUCGUCACAACUCUAUUGCAUCCGCAAAAAUAAAACUGUUGGAGGGUAAGGAAAGAAGCCCAGUAGAAGGUCCAAUCAAGUAUGGGCAAGGGA